AUGCUGGGAGAGAGCCCGGCUGUUUCCUCAGGAUCCGGCGGCGGCGGCGGCGGGGCCUUCUGUCACGUGACGCCCAGGCCGCCCCUGAGGAGAACCGCCUCUCAAGAUGGCGGCGGCGGCGGCGGCAUCGCCUCCACUCCCCUCAGCAGUUCCACUCCUUAUUCCCGCCCGGCCGGGAGGAAGCCGCCGCGGCGGGGAGUGACUUUCUCCGAGGAGGUGCUGGAGCACCCGGCCACGCCGGCGAGGAGGCUGCGGAGGAGGAGGAUGAGGGGAGCGGAGGACGACGACGACGACGACGAGCAGGAGGAGGAGGAAGGGGAACCGAGCGAGGAAGCGACCCUCGCCGCGCCCUACGGCCUCCGCUCGGCCGGGAGGCGCCACCCGCCGACGCCGUUCAGGAGGCCCGAGAGGGCGGAGGACCGGCAGGCCCCGCGAGAAGCCUCGGCCGCCUCCUCGGAAGGUGAGUGGGCAGCGGCGGGGGCGAGCCUAUCUGGCUCGCUUAGGUUUGGUCGAAUAAUAAUAAUAAUAAUAAUAAUAAUAAUUUAUUUAUACCCUGCCCAUCUGGCUGAGUUUCCCCGGCCACUCUGGGCGGCUCCCAAUCAAGUGUUAAAAACAAUGCAGCAUUAAAUAUUAAAAACUUCCCUAAACAGGGCUGCCUUCAGAUGCCUUUUAAAGAUAGGAUAGCUGCUUAUUUCCUUCACAUCUGAAAGGGAGGGCGUUCCACAGGUUGGGCGCCACUACCGAGAAGGCCCUCUGCCUGGUUCCCUGUAACCUCACUUCUCGCAAUGAGGGAACCGCCAGAAGGCCCUCGGCGCUGGAUCUCUGUUUCCGGGCUGAACGAUGGGGGUGGAGACGCUCCUUCAGAUAUACAGGACUGAAGCAACCCUUCUUCCCUCAGCCGACGUUGGUGGGACUACAGCACCCAUCAUCCGUGACCUGUUGGUUAGGGAUGAUGGGUUGUGUAGUCCAGGAACCUCUCCAGGGGCGGGGUGCUCAUGGUUGAAGAAGGCUGUUUUCAGGGUGGUGCAGGUGGUUUCCCUACACACAUGGGCAAAGCCAAGGGGGCACAACAUUGGGAAGAUUCACACGGGACUUUGCCCUUGCGCAGGGUGCCAUAUUACGAAAGGUUACCUGAAGUCUGCCUCUGCUGGAUUGGAAGUCCAGUGGUUGGUGGCAUCUCACGGAGGCCCUCUGAUGGAAUUUUUUUUUUCAGAGAAUUCCCAAUCAAAUUAUAUCUUUGGGCUGCAAACCCUAUAUAUGCUUAUUUAGGAGUAAGUCCCAUUGAACUUGGUUGGGCUUACUGUUGAGAAGGCACAGUCAAUUUCACAAGCUGCAACAAUUCUUAAGUUAGGUUUCUGUUUCCUUUUCCUCAUUUUCAUCUAUUUUGAAUGCACAGAAGGAAAGAAUUGCGUAAACAAUAAGUGACUAAGAAGAAUGGUAUGUGAGGGAUGUCAUGGUAUAUAAAUGGUUACUUUUUGCCUUUAGCUUAAACAGUCAUACCAUGGGUUACAGACGUUUCAAGUUGCGUUUUUUGGGGUUUUGGCAGUUGCGCAUGCGCAGAAGCGACAAAUUGCAACCCGCGCAGGCGCUCCGCUGCAGGUUGCGAACGUGCAUCCCGCAUGGAGCAUGUUCGCAACCCGAUCGUCCACUGUAUAUUGUUAGUUUCUAGGAAUGUCUACAUGUCUUCUCAAAGUAAGUCAUAGGCCCAGUUGCAUAUCAUUGUAAAACAGUACAGUGGUACCUCUGGAUGCAAACGGGAUCCGUUCUGGAGCCCCGUUUACAUCCAGAAGCGAACGCAACCCAUGCCCACGUGGGUUGCGAUUCACUGCUUUUGCGCAUGUGCAUGACGUCAUUUUGACCGUCUGCGCAUGCUUGAGUGGUGAAACCCGAAAGUAAUGGAGCGUGUUACUUCCUGGUCGCCGCAGCACGCAACCUGAAAAUACUUAUCCCGAAGCAACUUCAACCCGAGGUAUGACUGUAGUUAACUGUUAUCAGACAAUGUUGCUUAAUUGACAUAAUUAUUGAAACUAUUUUAAUCAGAUUCUGUCAAUUCUUCUAUGCCCCAAACAUGGGGACUUUACUUGUCACAUAAGCAUAUUUUUCUAGCAAAUAAUGUUUUAAUGAUUCUGUGAUCAUUUGGCAGGGGAAAAAAUUGGCUAACCAGUAGUAGAUAUUUGGAGCAUUUCUUGAUUACAUCUUCAAAAAUCUGCCUUGCUUACCUAUAUUUAAUGUUAUGUCUUAGUGACAGGUGUAUAAAACCUGUGAAGGCCAAACAUUCAGUCUCUAUUUCAGAGUCCUUAGGGGCUCAUGGGUUGCAUGUUUUACUUGUGCUCUUAAAUUGAUGCCUUUUCUCCGUAAUUGAGGGAUAUGAGUGGCUGCAGUAGCUAUUUGAUUAUUGAAUUCUUUGCAUUUCUACUUUGCUUCCUUUGGUAGGGAGUAAAAACAUCUUGGGAAUUGCAGAUGACUCUGAGCUUGUUCGACCAGCUCUUAGAAGAAGUCCAAGGACAGGUAAAAUGUCUACAGCAGUCUUGAGCAAAGUUCUGUUGCUCUAUAAUACUCGGAUGUAAUAUGUACAGUGCUUACAUGUACAUAUUCAUGGAAAUUCAGAAAUCUGACUGGAUUCAACUGAUUCUGACUCUGGCCCAGUUCAGAUUCAUGUUUUAUACAGCCUGUUCGUGUUUGCAUGCGUCUGGAAGCAAGUGUGGCUCCUUGUUGCAUCUGAACUGAGAAACUAUGGUUAGGAUAUGCUUCCAAGCAAGCCAGGAUUUGGAAGUCAUCUGUAAACAAAUUGCUUCAUAUUUUUGCAUGUCUGGAAAUUGUUGGCUCCUUAUUCAGAUGCAAUGGGAAGCUAUGGUCACCUGCAGCUUGUUGCCCCGUUUCCACAAAGAGUGGGAUAAUGUGGGGUCUAAGAGGCUGUGUGCAGGUAAACAAAGCUCAUGUAUAUCCUGGUUUAUUAUACCAGGAUUUGAUUGUCCAAACAUAUCCUCUGUAACAGAUACCCAGCUCCUAAUUUUUGUUCCUUUAUUUAUACCAAUAAAAUAAAGGAACAAAAUAUAACUUUGCAUUUCCAAGAAUUGUGGAAGCUAGAGCUGAAGUAAAUGUAUUUUCCCUUGUAGCAUUAUUUGAAAUCUCGCUUCACAAAUUGACCAGCUUUCUUUUUUUUACUUCUUAUUAUAUCGAUUACUAAUGAAUAAUUUCUUGUCUUAACAGGGCUUUCUUAUGACCAAGCCAGAGACUCUACAAGAAAUAAAUCAGGUUGGAUCACUUUGCUUUUGAAUUUCAGAAAGGCAGCCAUUAUAAUCUGGGACCUACGGCACACUAAAGCAUAUUGUGGCAUAUGCUUUUUGUGCGCCAGAACCCAAAUUAAUAGAUGCAUGAAGUGCUAUCCCUAUAGGGAGGUACAUUCAUGACUACACAUACACAUGGCUAUGAAGGAAUAAUCUAACUGGUGGGACCCAGAGGUUUGUGAAAUGCAGUAGUCUGUGGUGUUGCCUACACAGAACUCAAAUUUAUUUAUACCUCACCCUUUGUUAUAAAACAUUUCCAGGUAUAUUGCAAGAAGGUAGUAAACUAAAGAAAAUAGCAAUUAUUCAACAGAUUUCUAAUGCUACCAUUUUAUCAAAGAUUAAAAUUGCAGGCAAAUUAAAAGGUCAUUGCCUAGAUCCAUGAUGACAAUAAAUUAGGAACUAUAAGAGCUUCUCUUAAUUGAGGAGCUACCUGUUUCAUUUGAGAUGGUUACAGCACUAUUGAUAUUUUUAUCAGCAUGUUCAUGUUGGAGGAGGGGCUUCUUACAGGGGGGAUUUAAUUAUUUAUUAGUCAUUACUGUUGGAGUAGACUUACAGUGAUUCUGUCCCAAUGUGUUGUAGCCCAACACAUGUAGCAGGUCACACUUUGGAUCUAGUGUUAUCAAUUAAACUGGAAGGUGGUCUAAAUGGGAUAUUUAGCUAAACUCCCAUGUUAUAACGAGACGGCUACCUGUUGAGGCUUAAGAUUGUAUGUAGUGUGUGUUCUUUUCUGCAAGGGUAGUACAGUGGCACUUUGGUACUCGAACGGCUUGGCUCCUGAACAAAUCAGCUCCCGAAUGCCGCAAACCCAGAAGUAAAUGUUCUGGCUUGUGAACGUUUUUCAGAAGCCUAGAGUCCAACAUGGCUUCCACAGCUUCUGAUUGAGUGCAGGAAGCUCCAGCAGCCAAUCGGAAGCCGCACCUUGGUUUUUGAAGCAUUUCAGUAGUCAAACGUACUCCCAGAAUGGAUUACGUUCGAGAACCAAGGUACCACUGUAAACCUAUUCCUAUGGUCUUCUGGAAUCUAAUGGAUUUCUGCAUGUUCUUGGAGCUCCAGGUGGUUCUUUCAAUACUUUGGUCACUUUGUGAAACGUGGAAAUGACCAGAACAAUUGACAAUUAAACAGUUGUUCCUGAGCAUCCACUCCCGUGCUGUUGAGCUGGCUAGACUGCUAAUAUGGACCACCUAUAUUGAAGCAACUCUGCAAACUUCUAGGAAGUGUCUGAACUCAAUUCAGUGUGGUGCUCUUUAUGUGCGUAUUUCUUAAAAGUAAGUUCGUUCUUGAAAUAUGCAUUUAGUCCAAAGUAACUACUCAUCUUAAUGAAUUAGUUGAAGCACAUGGCUGACCAAACCUAAAUCUAAAGAUGGGGCUGUAAGUAAAUAUGGGAUUAAAUAGUUUUAUUGCUUUAGGCUCUGAUUCAACAUUUGUAUCUUUUCAGAACAUGAAGCAACUGAAGUGGAGAGUGAAAACAGACCUGAAAUCUGGCAUGAUAAUUUUCAGUCAGCUAGCAGAUUCAUAGAAGGUAGCAGUCGCCUGUUUUCCUAUUCCUGGCAGGGUGUCAGUUUGUUAUGUGGUGCAGGAUCUUUUUGUAUUUUAUCCACUGCGGUUUUCCAGAAAUUUAGGCAGCUCAUAAUAUAGAGCUAUAAUCUGUGAGGAAUUCAUUGCGGCACCCGUAGAUUGAAUUGUGCAUAUCCAAAAGCGGUUGUGUGCAUUGCCUGAAACUCUGGUUGGAUCAGAGCCCUUUCAUGCAGGUAGCAGUUUGACAUGCAAUAUAGUGAUAAAACAUAAGAUGACUCUUGAUGCCAAACACCGGUAUCAUCCACAUUCUGUUCUCACAGUGGCACCAACCAAACACCAACAAGAAACCUGCAGGCAGAACAGAGCACAAUAGCACUUCCCAGCUCAUAUCCCCCAGCAUUUGGAGGCAUGUUGCUUCUGAUCCUGGAAGUGGUAUACAGCCAUCAUGACCAGUUGCUAUUUAGUCUAGUUCUCCAUGAAUUUACCUAAUAUUUCUAAAGCUGUACAGGUUGGUAACCAUCACUACAAAUUCCACAGUUUAACUAUGUGCUGUGUGAAGUAAUUCCUUUUAGCUGUCUAGUAUCGUGAGAGAGAAAAGCUUAUCUCUAUUCAUUUUUUUCCACACCAUGCCUAGCUUUAUCAUAUCGUAUCAUAUUCCCCUCUUGCUUUUUUUUCUAAACUAAAAAUCCCUAAACAUUGUAAACUUUUCUCAAAAAGGAGUAGCUCCAUCCCCUUGAUCAUUUUGGUGGCCCUUUUCUGGAUUUCUCCCCCAAGCUCUACAAUUUUUUGAGGGGCAGUUACCAUAACUGUUCACAGUAUUCCAAGCACACCAAAUCAACAUUUUCACUGCUUGACCAUAAGGUCUCUUUCCUGGUUAGUCCCAGCAAGUGGAGACCAAAUUGGAGCUUGGGAUUUUUUGCCCCACUGUGCAUCACUUUACACGUGCUUACAUUGACGCUUUGCAUUGCCAUUUUAAUUCCCAUUUCCCCAAGUUUACUUCCUUUUGAAACUCCUUGCUAUCAUUUUUUUGUUCUUACCAUUCUGAACAAUUUGGUGAAAUCAGAAAACUUUGUAAGCUGCUAACCCUUAACCUACAGAGAUUCUUACCUCAUCUGUCUGCUUAACUUUCUGAUUGAACUAUCGUCUGGGGCUCCCUGUGCCCCUAGAGCUGGGCUUCCUUGCAAGCUUGUCUUACUCUUAUAUCCCUAGCUAGCUUUCUCCAUCUAGGGCUCCUUUUGCAGUCUUAGGAUUGUGUUGGUUCCUUGUAUCACUAAUGUGAUAUCGUAUUUUUUCCCUUGCAUCCUCUUUUUUAGAUGCACAUUAUUUUGUUCAGAAACCGCAAGGGCUUAAUCAGAAGACAAAGUUAAGAGCAAGAACGCAAGGUUUGUAUGGAACUUCAGUUUUUGUGUGUGGGUAUUUUGCCUGCUUUUAUUUUAAAACUUUCAUGUUUAUAGCUGUAGGUUAAAUGUGUGUUCAUUCCACGUUACAUGAUUAUAGAACACUGACAGGAUGAAUGGUAGAUCUAGUUCUGGGUUUGAAAGUAAAAGAGGAGAGAUUUAAGACAUUGGUUUGGCAGUGGUAUAUAAUGAAAUAAAUACAGACAGACAGACCUUGUUAGUCUGAAACAUUGGAUUGUAUCCAAUGAAGUUAUUCUGUUUAUGCAAGGAUUUCCACUUGCACAGUGGAACUUCCUUGUGCUCCCCUCUCCCAAAGUGCCCCCCCAUGUGGCUCUGGAAGGUGGAGGAAUCCCAUAGAACAGAUUUGAGGGCAAGAGAGUCGUGGAAAGUUCUGUUGCACAUGUGGAAAUCCUUGCCCAAACAGGAUGACUUUAUUGGACAUAGCCUGUGGUUGAAUAAGAGAAUUUCCCUGCGUUCUUCUAAACGGAUACAUUUUUGUUGAAAGUGUAUCUAAAUGCGAGGUCUGAAUUCAUAAGUAUAUAAUAUUCAUAUUGUCCUAGGUAGGUGUGAUAAGUGUGAAAUGUUCCAGUACUAUGUUUUGGCAGCAGUGCAUGGAAUUGGCAUUAAACCCAAUAUAUUUCUCUUGAAAUAUAUGUCCCACUUGAUACCUGUUGUUCCAAACCUAAUUCCUUCACCUAUUCCCCCUUGCAUAGAUACUUUCACUAAAAUAAGCAAGUGUAAUGAGGUUUAUGUAAGGAAGACUCUAAGCUCUGUUGAAGGCUUUGGGUAGGGAAACAGAAAUAUUAGGUCCUAUCGUGAGAUCUUUUUUCAAUUUUUUCUGUGGGGGAAAAAUGGAAAUAUAGGAGUAAACUGGGGAAGAAAAACCUUGAACUUUUAUUUUUGAAUAAUUAAUUAAAUGCUUUUUAAGGCAGGGUUUUAAGAUAAUGUGUUGACUACAGUUCACUUUCUCAAAAUGGGUCCCAGGAAUGGUUUCAGAUAGUGGUAGCCUUCAGCCAUCAUGGCAAGCUAUGUUUAAGUGUCACAAACGAGUUGUAUUUGUAGUGAGCCUCUGGCUCGGGUUCUUCUUUCUCUUCCCACAUAGCAAGGAGGAGGCAUUCAUUGAAUUAAAACCAGCGGGUGGUGCUGUGGGUUAAACCACAGAGCCUAGGGCUUGCCGAUCCCCGUGAUGGGGUGAGCUCCUGUUGCUUGGUCCCUGCUCCUGCCAAUCUAGCAGUUCAAAAGCACAAACUGCAAGUAGAUAAAUAGGUACCGCUCUGGCGGGAAGGUAAACGGCUGCUCUGGUUCGCCAGAAGCGGCUUAGUCAUGCUGGCCACAUGACCCGGAAGCUGUACGCCAGCUCCCUUGGCCAGUAAAGCGAGAUGAGCACCGCAACCCCAGAGUUGUCCGCGACUGGACUUAACAGUCAUGGGUCCCUUUACCUUUACUUUAACAAUGAGUCACGAAGCUGGCUUGCUUAAACUAGUCUUAGUUAGUGUUAACUAAACUUUCAGAUUUGGACAGCACAGGGAACUGAACUUAACAAAAAGUGGAAACAAAGUUCCUGAAACCCUCUCUACCUAAAUGCAUAGCUAGCCUUAGGCAUUCCUGACAAAAGAGCCAUGACAUGCUGUUAUGUCCAAACAUGGCUAUUGUAUUGGGUAAUUACUAAUACAGCUUGGCUAAAUACUUCUGAAGACUUGCAAACAGUUUGAAGAGGGAUAAUUGUUUGUAGUAUGUACCACCUUGCCACUGUUUCCUCAAAGUGAUGCAGGGUGUGUUUUUUUGUUUCAUCUUUUUGGAUAAUGUUGACUGGAAUGGAGUCUGUUUUCUUUACCCAAAUAAUAAUACUUGCUUUUAUUUAUUGUAAUGCUUCCUGUUUUUCCAACUGGCAAAAAUAUAUACAUUUAGUACAGUAUUUUAAAGAUGGAACAGAGAAAGCUGUUGCAUUUGUAACAAUUUGAACAAAAUGUAGGUACUUAAAUUGUGCUAUACACUAUAAGGCAUUUAUACUCUGCUACAUUUAUUAUGUAAUAAGUUAUACAGAAUAUGUUUUAUAGCCUUAAAACAGCAAAGCAAAUGCAUGUUUGGGUUUUCCAGAAAUUAUAAAUAUUAUAGCUACUUGGAUUCAAAUAUGAAUUCCUGUUGUGCUGUUCUCCCGUUGCCUUAUGAAUAUGAUGAGAAUAUUCCUCUUUUUGUAGGAAGACAAUUUGGAUCAUGAAGUUUAUGGAAUUUAUUUAUUGAAUUUUAUUUGAAAAUAAUUGGAUUGGUUUGCACUUAAAUCUCUUAUCUUUGGUUUGUAUUCUAGCCCAUGUGCCAAAGAAACAACCACAUGCUGCUCCCAAAAGUAAGGUAUUUUCCUCUUUCAGACUAUGUGUUGUUGUUGUGGUGUCUGUUCAUACCACCGAUAAAAUCUAGGUUUUUUUACUGAAAUGUGUUUGACAACCUUGCACCUCUGUAAUUAUGUAUGCAGACUUGCUUGUCUAGAAUCUAGGCUUUUAAUCGGGUGGGGAACCAUUUUGCCUCAAUGGGCUAGAUCUUUCUCCACUCCACAGGCCAACUCUGAUGGGUAGGAAAUGAUUGACAUGUUGGGAUGUUCUGCCCAUGUGUCAAAAUUCUGUUGUUUAGCGCUUGGGUACUACAGCUCAAGGGGCUUUUCUAGUCUUAUGCUGGGCAUAAGGUUGGCAAAAUUGCUUUCUGCAGGGAUUGGUUGCGCAGUUUAGAUUUCUCAUAGGGAACUUGGUUGCACAAGCAGUCCAGCAUGCUUGAACACUCUUUCCAUCAAAGGAAGAGCAGUUACUUCAACUCUGCUUCCUGCAGAGUUGUUCGAGCAGGAAAACACGUACGAUAGACAUUUUCCUUUUGAAUGAGAAGGGAAUAGCCUUAAAAGAUGUUAAAACACACCUUCUUAUUCCUUGUGAUGUAAAAACUCUACCAGCUGAGCAUUAUUUCUGGUGAUCUAUUUCUGUUGUGAUGGAAUAGGGUAAAGUACACAUACAAAAGGCCCCAUGUUCAGUCCACAACAGUUCCAGAUAGGACUAGGAAAGAUCCCUGUCUGAGACACUGGAGAGAUUCUGGCAGGUGGGGAUAAACUACACAUUACAUUGAAUGUGAAUUUGUGCAGUUGCACCUUUUUUUUUUUUUUAAGAAAAAAAAACGCAGACAUGGGGUCUCACUACAGGUGGGGUCAAUUGUUAUUGGGCUGCACCUGUUAAGAGGAUAUGUUACCCUUUUCCCUCCCUAAGUCAUAUUUAGGAGGAAGUCUCCCCCCACCCCUGCAACUAUGAGGCAGGUCCCACUUGGCUAUGAACAGGAGGUUGUUUCCAUCUAGCAAUCUUAUCUGCAGAUGGUCACAAUCCACAAGUUGGUUGGGGAGAAUAUUUAUUUCACUCACUUUAGCAGACAAAUCUAUUGGUUGAGACUGGAGAAUUUUGACAUAAAGAUGUAUUUUUUCCAGCAGAAACAAGCUUGCAAUGAACAAUAACGGAGAAGCCAUAAAUACUGCCAAAUACUGACUUUAAGAAUGCCCGCUUGUGCCAUGUGUGAGAUUUUCAGUCCCAGUAUUUCAUUUAUGAACAUUUUUCAAAAAGCAAGCUUGAAUUUGAACUUGUUAAAGUUAACACUUUAGGGACAUUUGCUUUUUGCUGUUUUUCUGGGGAAGUCCAAUUCUUUUGAAUUGUCAAUAGUGUGCCUUCCAAUCUGCCUGAAAUGGUGAUGAAAUCAGCCAGAAUAAUAAAAGCAACUUCUAAAAUGAAACUCAGAUGUAUGUAUUUUUUCUCAUCCUUUGUUUUGUGUAUAUGUGUGCACUAGGUUCUAAACAGUCUAAUCGGGGACACGCAUUUGCAUGGAUUCUGCCACUUGUAGUAGUAGUAGUAGUAGUUUGCCUUGCUGGUUGUGGAUGGUAUGUGCUUCAGUAUUCAUCGUACCGUAGUUUGGAAAAUAACCUGCGAACUGAAGCCCUGAAAGCAUUUCAGGAACAAAUGAGAGAUCUCAUGAGCAGCUACCCAAGUCAAGACAAAAAGUUGUGGAAGGGAAUCCAAGUCAUCUUGGAGAAACGCCUCAACUCUACUCAACCGUUUUUGCAACCAGCUGUUUUAUUGUUCACUGCUGCAAAAGAAGCUGAAGAUGCCCUGAAAUGUUUAAGCAACCAGCUUGCUGAUGCUUUCUCAUCCUCGCAGCAUGCUUCUACAGUAAAAAUUGAUGGGGCCAGCAAAGCCACUCUAGACAGUGAUGAUGUCAAACUCCUUGUGGACGAAGAGUUGAGUUCUGGGUUCAAGGGAGGCAGGAAGGUGGCAGUCGUGCAUCGAUUUGAGUCGCUGCCUGCUGGUUCCACCCUGAUAUUUUACAAGUACUGUGACCAUGAGAAUGCAGCAUUUAAGGAUGUUGCCCUACUUUUAACUGUUCUUCUGGAUGAGGAAACUCUAAGAAAGGACCUUAGCCCACUGCAAGUUGAGGAGAAAGUGAGGGACUUCCUCUGGGCUAAAUUUACCAAUUCAGACAUGCCAGGUUCCUAUAAGCACAUGGACACAGACAAACUGAGUGGGCUGUGGAGCCGCAUAUCCCACCUGGUCUUACCUGUGUGGCCUGAAAAUGUCCUUCCUCAGGAAAACUGUUUGCAAGUGAAAUAA